AUGGCGACGCAGGAUAUUGAGCCACCAGGCCAGUAUUACCACUUUAAUGCCUCUCGGCACGACAGAAACGCUGGAGAGGUGGACUCUGUUGGGGAGCAGCUCUUCACCAAAAAGAAGAGCAACUGGCUCAAAUCUAUGGUGAGCCGAAAGCGACGCAGCAGAAAUCUGGAUCUCACCAUUUCGGGCACAAACAUCAAGUCUAUGCCGAUGGUGAGCCGGUUCGAACGACGAAACGACGAAUGGAGAGAACGACAAAAUAGCAUGGUUGCAGAGCCACCGAAAGUGGAAGAGCCGGAGACCGGUUCACUGCUAGACUCGAGAAGACAAAUGGAGCGAGAAAUGCGCAAAAUCAAGCGCGCCAAUGGCGACGAAGAGCAGAUUUUCAGAGAAACGUUUGUUGAGCGAUCCAACAACGACCAUUCGGACUGGCUGCAAAAGAUCAGCUCCAGAAUCAAAGUGGACCGUCCUAAAAGCAAGAGCCAUGUGGACUCCAAAUUUAUUGGAAAUAGCUUUGACCAAAAUAUAAAAGACUACAUGUGGUACAACAACGGAGCGAGAUAUCCAAAUAAAAAGAAGGGACUGGAGAACCGACGAAAACGGCCAGAAACAAACCGCGAAUGGCCGCAACAUACAAAUAGACCUGAACUACACUCCAACAUAUACCGCAUACACGAUUCGAUCCAAAGCUCACUGCAAUUUGUGCCGAUUGUUGGCGUGGUAUUCCAGCUAUUUGGAAUAUUGUAUUCGGUGCCGAUUCUUCCUCCAGAAGCUGUGCUUAUUCUGGAAAUAAUCUCUUACCUUUGGAUCAUAAGAGUAAUAUACAGGAUUUACGUGGCGGUGGCUGCGCUACUGCAACCAUUUUGGAAAGUGACUCAAAUAUUAUCUUGGUAA